CGCAAUAAUGGCAACGAUCGAAUACGAUUAAAGGGCUUUAAGGAAUAUAUGGAAGAAAAUAAAGUUGUGGGUGUAAAUAAUCAAAAAAAUUAUAAUAAUCUCUAUAAUCUGUGGUCUACAUUUGUUGUAUCAUCACAAUCUAGUCAAACUAAUUUAAACCCUUUUCAUGCCACUGACUAUAAUGUGUUUUCAAUUUUUAUUUUAUUUUACGGAUUUGUGUCGUUUUUAAAAUCGUUGUUGCCUUCAACUUCUAAAAGUUUACCUAGUACGAUGAGCUCAUUUGAUAAAUUAGGAACUGCUCGCUCUACAUUAUGUCCCAAAUCAGUGUCUGUCUUACAAGACUAUUCUAUAACAGAUACAGUGCUUGGACUUGGAAUAAAUGGCAAAGUUGUUGAAUGCUUCAAUCGUAAAACAGGAAUGAAAUAUGCUCUAAAAGUACUGAGGGAUUCUUCAAAAGCAAGAAGAGAGGUAGAGUUGCAUUGGCGUGCCAGUAAUUGCAGGCACAUUGUGAACAUAAUUGACGUAUAUGAAAAUAUGUAUGGUGGUUAUAAAUGCCUAUUAGUUAUCAUGGAAUGUAUGGAAGGGGGAGAACUGUUUCAAAGAAUCCAAGAGCGUGCAGAGGGAGCAUUCACUGAGAGAGAAGCUGCAGAAAUAAUGAGAGAGAUAUGUCUAGCAGUUCAGCACUUACAUAGAAUGAAUAUUGCUCACCGAGAUCUGAAACCAGAAAAUUUGCUAUAUUCUAAAAAAGACCCUACUGGAAUACUGAAAUUGACAGAUUUUGGAUUUGCCAAAGAAACAACCAAUUUCAAUACUCUUCAAACACCUUGUUAUACACCAUAUUAUGUUGCUCCUGAAGUGCUUGGGCCAGAAAAAUAUGAUAAAUCAUGUGACAUGUGGUCCUUGGGAGUAAUUAUGUACAUUCUACUUUGUGGAUUUCCUCCAUUUUAUAGUAAUCAUGGGUUAGCCAUAUCUCCUGGAAUGAAAAGGCGAAUACGAGCUGGACAAUAUGAUUUCCCUAACCCAGAGUGGGAAAAUGUUUCAAAUGAUGCCAAAGAACUUAUUCGCGGACUACUUAGAACAGAUCCAGCUAAGCGGUUAAGUAUUGAAGAAGUUAUGAACAACAAGUGGAUUGCCCAAUUCACUGAAGUACCACAAACACCUCUUCAUUCUGUGCGAGUACUUAAGGAGGAGGAAUAUGCAUGGCCAGAUGUCCAAGAAGAAAUGACUAGAUCUUUAGCAACGAUGAGAGUUGAUUAUGAUACUGUUCACUUGAAAAAUCUGGAUAAGACUAAUAAUUCUCUUCUUAACAAGCGAAGACAGCAUCCAAAAUGAAAUGUGCCAUUGAAAAUUGUGAACUUAUUGCGUCUUCUUCAUUAUGUCAUUUUAAUGGUUGUAUCUAUUCAAUUACAAGUUUAUAGUAAUUAUAAUUGCAGUGUUGUGCUUUUGCUAAUCCCUUUAGAGGAUCUUCCAUUAUUCAAAAUCUAAAUACAUGUAGUAUCUGUACAAUCCGAAUUAUGUAGGAAUUUAAUUGAGACUAGCUAUUAAUUAAAUACAUGGUGUUUAAAUUUUGGAUUUUGUUUGUUACUUAAUUUAUUUGUUUUAUUUUAUAGAUUUUAGAGUUUGUUCAAAAUUUUAAUGUUAUAUCGUAAGUAUUUUUAGUAUUGCUCAAGUCUGUUUUCUAUUUCAUCAUUCCAGCUUUAGUUAAAAAUUGAAGACUAUUUCUAGAAACAAUCUGCCUAUAAAAUAUUUAAUUAAAAUAGUUUACCUUGUGACUUUAAUUAAUUUCUGUUAUGUUUUGAUUCUAUGGUGUCUUUCUGACUAUGUGUUAAAGUAAAAAAAAAACACAUACUCUUCAGAUCUUAUUUGUUACUUUAAUUGAAUGUUUUAUUAUUAUUUUAAUUUAACUUUUGAAAUAACUGUACUAUUCUGUGCCUUAAAAGGAAAGGGUUAUUUACCCUGUUAUAAUGUGCUAUAAAAACUUAGUAAUCACUUGUUAAACACACUGCCACACUCUAUUGAUUAGAAUAAUUUUAUAUUUAGAAUCACUUCGGAUGUUUUUAAUUUUUAUUAUUGAAAUGAAUUGACUUCAAGAUUACUUGAUUUUUAAUUUAAUGUUUUAAAACUUGAAAUCUUUGGAACUUAUCUGACACAUUUUAGUGCAAUUUUUAUUAUUAUUAUUAUUUUUCAAGACUCUGUUUAAUUAUAAAUAAAUUACAAUUUUUUGUAAAGAUAUUUUUCCUGGCUAUUGCAUUAUUAUUAAUCUUAUUUGGUUACUCACCAUAAGAUGUUCAAUAAAUCUAUUUCCAUAUUAUCUAUGUAAUGUAAAAGCUACAAAAUACUCUCUCCAUAUUUAAUCAAGUCUAUUUUAUCUAAAUAUUUGAACAUUAUACUUCUUUUAAGAGUUAAUUGUAGUUAAAUUAUUUUUUGACUGAACUUUUUCAAUUUUUUAGUUUAAAUUUUUUCUGAUCGUUUAUUUAAUUCUUUACAGUACAUAUAUUUAUAAAUAUUGUAUUGUUUCUCGUUGUGCAAAUUUGAUUUGUACAUAAUAGUUUAUUUGAAUUAGAACAAAUACUUUUGUGUUUACUUAAAUAUCAAUUUAUUGUUAAUGUAAAUAUUAUCUUAUUGUAUUGUUAUUUUAUGCGUCUUUUUUGAGACACAAGAUUAUAUUAAAGUCUUUACUAUUAAGAGAGCAUAGAUAAGUUCAUGUGUAUUACUUUAAAAAUGUACAAUGCUAAACUGAGCAAUAUCUGCAAAACAUUUCUUUGCGCUAAACCAUUUUGCCUUGGAAAUUUUUAUACAUUUUAUUAGUCGUAGAUAUAUGCAUUGCCUUUUCUUAUUGACAAUCGUGAAUUUAUACUAUCAUGUUUGCUGUUGUCAGUGUUGUUUUUGUUAAAAAUUUGUUAUGCAAGUACAAUUGAACAGCUUAUCCUAGCAUUAGUUAUCCAUGUCUUUUAAUUUUAUUUAAUGCCGGUGGUGGGCAGCACGUAGCUAAUAUACAGGUUUUAAAUAUUCAACUCUAUUGCUGAUUUCUUUAAAAUUUACUUUGAAUAUUUCAUACCACCAAUCAUUAAUUUUACUACCAACUUGCACUUUUAUACCUAGACGCAUGAUCUUUAAGAUCAGUAGUAAGCUCGUCAUUCUGUUUAUAAAGUUACAAAGUAUACCUCAAUUUUUGAACCAUUAUAAAAAUUUUCCAUUUAAAAAGUCAACGGGUGUGUAGUAUUUUUGCUCUUCCACCUAAAAUCUAUAUUAAAUAAAAUAUAUAGAUAUCUUAUUUGUAAUAAAGAAUUCAAAAUGCAUAAUACACACUACUAUAAUUUUUUUUUCCAUGGUACUUUCAACAACAAAUGAGUAUAUCACAUUUCUCUUCACUAAACAUGUUUUUCUGGUGUCCAAUACUUCAAAGUAGUGUUCCUUCACUUAAAACAAGGAUACCAGAAUAUCAAAUUUUAGCUAAUUCAAAUUAAGUUAAAAUCUCUUUUUAGUUUAAAUGGAAUUAAGAACUACACUGUUUCUUGUGCAAUAAAUACACUGAUUCCUAUUUUUUAAAAUUGUAAUCUUGAUUGAUUUUUUGAUGUCUAUUAAAGUUUACGUAUUUUUAACUAUUUAAAGAGAUUUUUCUUCAGACUUACUAUAUUUUUCCUCUUUUUAUGUAUUAAAAAUUAUUUAAAUUCAUGUUACUGGUGAAUAAGUGUUUGUGACAAUUUUUAUAGUUAAAUUUUAAUUAUUUUCUUCUUUACUCUCUUUUUUUAUUGAUAGUUAAUCUUAUCUCUGUCUGUGAACAACGAAUAUUGUGGAGGUUUUUUUUAAUUACUUUAUAAAUGUUGUAUAAAUUAUGAAUGGUGUUUUGAUUUAACCCUAGAUAACUAAACUUAAAUUUGUAAUAUUCUGUAGUUAAUCAUUCAACUUUACAACCAUGAAUUUAAAAAAUAUUUAUUUUUAUAUUUUCUUUUUUUAUGUCUAACAAAUUGAAUUUAUUUCAUCCAAUUCUCAUUAAAUUAUUCUUUAAUUUUCUUUCAACUAUAGAAAGACAAUAAAAUUUAAAGUUGGCACUCUUUAAAGAUAUCGAAGCAUAAUCAUAACUACUAGACUUCACAGAACUGGCAAAGAUCAUAAAUUUAUUUAACAAAUGUUUAGUUACCUAGUGUUAAAUUAUGUUUUUGUGCUAUUUCGAUGUAAUCACUUGUUGACUUUCAUUACACUACCACUGUAAAUUGGUUGCUGACUAGUUGAUCAAAAUUAGUAUUUUUUAUUUUACUGUAAUUUCCUACAUCCUGCUGUUGUAAGAACAGUAGCUUUUUGUUAUAUUGCUCUUGUUGUGGACAACAAAAAGCAUGAUAUAUCUACGAAACUCAUUAUGAAAUAACAAAAACUUUUAUCUUUAAAUAUAUUUUUACUAUGCGCUAAGCUGUUAUUAUAAAGAACUGGGUUCGAUUCUCAAUGGCUUCUUGAAACCUAACCAACUUCAGAUCAAAUGGUACAAAGUAAGGGCAAACUGUUGAAAUUUGAGGAUGAAAAAACUGUCAAUAACCUGGGACAAAAAAAAAAAAUUUCUAUUGAGAACAAUUUUUAGUUUAAUCACUGCUUAUUAACUGUUUGAGUCAUGUACAAUACUUGCCCUUCUAAUUCUAUAAUUAUGAUUCCUAUUAUAUAUCAUGUAUAAAUAAAAUAUAAUAUAAAAGUAUAGCAUGUAAAAUAUAAUAUAAAAAUAUAGCCAACAUUAUUAACUAUUUUUUCAAAAAGCAUAGCAAACAAAUUAUUUAUACUUUAAGAUCAUUAACAUUUAAUAUAUUUUAUAUAGUAUUUUGUUUACAUUACAGAUAACUAUGAGUUGUUAAUUGUUAGUAUUCUGGAUUUUGAUUUUAAUUUUAUUAGUUUAAGUAAAACAAAAGUCGUCGUUUUUUUAAACAAAAAAACAUUUCUUUUGAACAAAUCACAAUAAUACAGCAAAAAACUUAAAAUGGAGCUUAAAUGAUACCUUUAAGCCCAAGAAAUUGGCAUUUUUUGUGACCAAUGACAAGAUAGUUUGGUAGAAACCUUUUAAAGAAACUGAGAUGAAAAUGCAAAAAUAGUCUUCAUGUCUUACAAAUUUUAAAUGUCGGAUAUAGGUUGUUCACAUCAUAUAUCUGCAAAGUUAUAUUUUAUAAUAAUCACCCUGUACGUUAACAUUAUAAAUCAUGAUUAUACUAUAUUUCUCGAUAAGUAAACUAAUUAUAUUUUAUCAAAAAUACAAAUGUUUGUUAAAAUUAAUUCAUUCUUCCUCCCAAUCAGUCCAAGUGUUUAAUUGAAUUAUUCUCAAUAUUUAGAGUACAAUUAUUAAAAUAAAUUUUCUAAUACAUGUUAAUUUUAGUAUGGUGUAAUAGGUUUAAUCUAAUUAUGCAAAGCGAUUAACAUUUAUAAAAGAUUAUAGUUUUCUAUACCUUAAUUUUGGUUUUGCGACAUUAAUUGUAAAAGCAAAUGAGGGGUAUAAUGUCAAAAUGAUUAACGAACAUAUAAGAUUGAUCCCUUAAAAAGUACUUUUUCAAAAUUACUUUAUUUUUUAUAAUAGCUAAUAAUCAUUUUCUACACCAAAAUUUAGCAGGUUUUGAUACUUAACUAUGUCAAAGAAGAGUUUUUGAUAUAAUGGUUAAAGCCAUGAAUAGUCCAAAACUGACUAUCCCUGUCCCUGUGUAAUGCUGACCACAUUUCCACAAUCAUGUCUUUGGUGUUGAAAUUAUAGACCCUUAAUCUCAAUGAUUCCUCAUCCUGGCUCCCAGCGGGCUGUUGCAUGAAUACUUUACUGCUAAUGAAAAUAAUGAUUAAAAAAAAAAAACAUUUAUUUGUAUUACUUUCUUAUAUAGUAUUUAGAAAAGCAACAAAAUACUCUUUUUGAAUAAAAAUUAUUUUUAAAAUAUUUUUUUUUUAUUUAUUGCUAUACUCUUAAAAUGUAGUGAAAAUUCCAGUGUCAUGGCAUAAAAAAAUUUCUUGCACCUUAAAUUGCGAUGAGAAGAAUAUAAAUGCAUUUGAUAGCUAGCAAAUGCUGUUCAUGUUUGUUGCACUACGGCACUAAAAAAAAUAAAGUUCAGUGACCGCUUGCAUGGAUUUAGUGCUAUCUUAUAUGAAAGGAAAUGCUAAUCAUUGAUUUUAUUUUUUUGAGGGGGAUUCUUGUUUUUCUAACGCUCUGGUAGACUUUUUUCCAUGUGACCAAAAUAGAGUGAUGUGUCCAAAUGUGCAAUAUAAUAAGGGGCUUCUGUAAAGUUUUUUAUUGUUAUUUUGAAUGAAAUUAUAUAAAUAAAAUUGAUCUUUUAAAGAUCAUCCUUAUAAUAAUUAGGAAUCUUUUCAGUUGUAGAAUGUAGGGUUCCUAUGGUACUGAUUGUAGAAUCCUCUCUCUGUACUAAAAAUAUAUUUUGUAUAUGAUUUAGCAAAUGUCAAGAAUGAAUAAAUAAAAUAUUUUUCUUUUCUCA